AUGCGUGUCCUGGCGCGUAGCUCCCGCACCUUCAACCAUAUUGGCCAGUCUGUUAGCGUGAAUAUACAGCAUGGAAAGAACAACAGCGAUCUGGUCGUCAUUUGCAGAACGGUGUUUAAUGGGGCUCUUCAAGCGGCGAGCAACAAUGAUCAGGCGAUCAAUCCGGUCCUGAAAGCAACUGGGAACAAAGUGAAGCCGGUCAUCACGAUCUUCGGCCUCGUUCUGAUCAUAACAUCUUGGGACCUCUUCUCGUUCUGA